AUGGGGCAACCUGAGGACGACGUCGUGGGUGAGAUAGAAGUCAGCCCUGAGACAGAGGACGUGUCAGUCGAGAAGGAGACAGAUUUAACCCUUGCAUCUCAAAUAGACUCUACUUCAAAGUCUUAUGUGCAUCAGUCCCAGUCCUUGUGUGAAGGGGAGCGAGAGUUCGUCCUGAGGAGAAAACAAGUCGCUCUGAAGUCUCUCAAAAAGCUGGGAGUCAAGUGUAAACCGGAUUCAGUUCCACACAUCGCACUCUUGGGGUCAGCCGGUGGUCACAAGGCAGUUGUAAGUUUUUUGGGUUCCCUCCAUCAGCUGCAAGAAGAAGGACUUCUAGACGCCAUGCUUUACCUGGGAGGAGUUGCUGCAUCUGCUUGGACUAUGUCCUCCUUGUACUUGGACCCCCAGUGGACCACCCACAUGGACGUGGCAGUGUCCACACUCACAGAUCCUGUGAGUGGGCUGACGGAGGCUCUCUCCUGGAUGGGCGACGAGGCAAAAGAGAAGCACUCAUUUCUCAGUGAAAUCUGGGGAGACUUAACUUCUGGUUCGAUCAUGAAAAAGCUGGACCAUCUACCUCUUCCAGGGGAUAGCAUGAACGUCAACAAUCCGUAUCCCCUCUACAGUGCAGUGAACAGAGACUGUCUGCGAUACGGCCCAGAAAAAGCCAAAUGGUUCGAGAUAAGUCCUCACGAGGCUGGCUUCACGGAUCUCGGCCUCUACGUUGACACUGCACAUCUGCGCAGCACAAUGCAGAAAGAAGAAGGUACAAAAAAGAAUGAUCGAGGGAUCUUCAUACCCAACUGGUUGCAAGAUAAACUGAACAUAAACCCAUUUAGAAAGACAAACGAGGAACAAAGUAUACUGACAGAGUGGCACCAGAAACUCUUGGCCUCUUUGGAGAAUUUAGACAAAGAACCACUCAAAAGUCAAGUCUCUUGGUUGAUAAAGAAAGCCUUCGGACUGAUUGAGAAACUGGACUGGGGAACCAUUAAAAACUUCCUCUACGAAUACUCAGAUGAUGAGGUGCCGCCUUGCAUUACGCAUAAAAAGAAUCUGCAGCUGAUGGACGCUGGUGUGAUGCUCAACCUGUCCUUCCCUUCCUUCCUGGGAGAGAAGAGAGACGUGGAUCUUUUCAUCGCUCUGGAUUUCGGGGCUGAUGGCACCUUCAAGACUCUGACUCUGGCCAGAGACUACGCGGCUGAGCUCAAGAAGCCUUUCCCUAAGAUAGACGACGUGAUUUUGAAGGACAGCGAGUGGCCAAAAGACCUCUACAUAUUUGCAGGAAAAGUGAAGGAGCCCACCAUCAUUUACAUGCCGAUCUUCAACAAAGAGAACUGCGAAGAUUUGGAGCAGUAUCAAACAAGGAUAAAGGCGUUCUCCACCUUCGAUCUUUCGUUCAGCAAAGACAAGUUUGAGUUUUUGUUGGAGACGGCGAAAAAUAACAUCAAGAGGAACAAGAAGAUUUUGCGGAAGGAGAUAAAGAAGGCUGCUGUCCGCCGAGAGAAAUACAAGAGGGUUAAAUGAGUCUUAUCAUCUCUGCCUUUCAUUCUUCUCCCACUGUUCAUCUUUCUAUCUUGCCUCCUCUUUCUUCACUUCUGUGCCCUUACUUUUCAGUUUCAUCUUUCACCUUCCCAUUCUUCUACAAACAUCCAGCAGAGUCUGACCUCGUUUUUGUUUUUUCUUUUUAACUUCAGAUCUUUAUUUUAACUUAAAAACGUUGCAGAAUAGAGAGUUGUUCGAUGCAUCGUUAUUGCUAUUGCCUGGGUGUAGUAAAGCAAAUGAAACACUAGAUGUCUCUAUAUGUUCACCAUGGUUUGACUUGUAUGAGGUUCUCCAGUGUUAUUAGUUUGUUUUUUAAAACUUCAUGUAAAAAGUGAUAACAGUCCUGUUGUUGUUGUUGUCCACACUGCAACUGUGUUCCUUCACAUUUCAUGAAGUUUAUUAAAGAUU